AUGGGCGAGCACCCCAGCCCGGGCCCCGCAGUGGCCGCCUGCGCCGAGGCGGAGCGCAUCGAGGAGCUGGAACCCGAGGCCGAGGAGCGGCCGCCGGCUGCGCCGGAAGACCACUGGAAAGUCCUGUUUGAUCAGUUUGACCCUGGGAACACAGGCUACAUCAGCACAGGCAAGUUCCGGAGCCUCCUGGAGAGCCACGGCUCCAAGCUGGACCCGCACAAAAGGGAGGUGCUCCUGGCUCUCGCCGACAGCCAUGCAGACGGGCAGAUCUGCUACCAGGAUUUUGUCAGCCUGGUUGCCUUUUUCCUCUACAAUGGAGUAUCGCUGGACCAAUUCGUGCUGCAGGUAACCCAUCCGCGGUACCUGAAGAACUCCCUGGUUUACCACCCGCAGCUCCGAGCGCAGGCGUGGCGCUACCUGACGUACAUCUUCAUGCAUGCGGGGAUAGAACACCUGGGACUCAACGUGGUGCUGCAGCUCCUUGUGGGGGUGCCCUUGGAGAUGGUGCAUGGAGCAACCCGUAUUGGGCUUGUCUACGUGGCUGGUGUUGUGGCAGGGUCCUUGGCGGUGUCUGUGGCUGACAUGACUGCACCGGUCGUGGGCUCCUCUGGAGGGGUGUAUGCACUUGUCUCUGCCCAUCUGGCCAACAUCGUGAUGAACUGGUCAGGCAUGAAGUGUCAAUUCAAGCUGCUGCGGAUGGCUGUGGCCUUGAUCUGUAUGAGCAUGGAGUUCGGGCGGGCCGUGUGGCUCCGGUUCCACCCAUCGGCCUACCCCCCGUGCCCUCACCCCAGCUUUGUGGCACACUUGGGCGGCGUGGCUGUGGGCAUCACCUUGGGCGUGGUGGUCUUGAGGAACUACGAGCAGAGGCUGCAGGACCAGUCGCUGUGGUGGAUCUUUGUGGCCAUGUACACGGUCUUUGUGCUGUUCGCUGUUUUCUGGAACAUCUUCGCCUACACCCUGCUGGACUUAAAGCUGCCACCCCCUCCUUAAGGUGCUGGGGGACCUAGGUCAGGGGUGGGAGGGCCUAGCAGCAGCAGGAAGGAACAUGGACUUUCUUGUUCUCGGCACCAGCUCUGAGAGGCCAGGGAGGAGAGGACGAGAUGCUGGGCCAUGGUGAUGUUGGUGUUCAGGUUUGGACAAUGGGGCCUCUUUUUCUGAAAGGCGCCUGCUGGAUGAGUUGGAUGCUGCUACCAUUGUUUUUCUAGACUGUUCUGAGGACAUCGAGCCAGGGCGAAGGCCUGGGGUGGGGUAAAAGCAGCCCUCCCCUCGGGCUGGGCUUGUUCUGUGUGUUCAGGCGACGCUUCCCUCGUCACAGACUGAGCAGCAGCCUCCUCCCUUAUCCCCACCCCGAGAUGUCAGGAAGACCCGAGGGUGGGGUAGCCAGGCAGGCCCUUGUCCAGCCCAGAGAUACAGUUACAGGCCAGGAAAUGUUCGCUCUACAGCUGUUGGGUUUGGAGCUCUGGAGUGGAGGAGGGCCUGGCGGUGGACAUGUUGGCUUUUGGUGUAGGAGAGCCCAGGGUGUGCUCCUGGUGGUGGGCACUGGGGCAGGCAGAGGAGGGAGAUGCUGUAACUCUAGGCCUCACUCUUGCCCUGGGGGUAUCCAGUAAGAGAAACCCAAGUAGGAGGGAAAAAACUUCAUCCCAAGCACUACCCUUGGCAAGGCCCAGUACCAGCUUUGGGUUUCUCCCUCCCUGUCUCCCAGAAUGCUGACAACUCAUAUUGGUGCCCCAGCAUCCCAUGCCCUGCCUUGUUUUUAGAGCCUUUUCCUUCCCUUCCAUUGCCCUGACCCUACAUUGUGCCUCCCCUUUGGUCAUGGGGAUGUGUGUGUGUGUGUGUGUGUGUGUGUGUGUGUGUGUGUGUGUGUGGUUCGGUGGGUGAGGACAUCCAUGGGAUGGUAAGAGAUGCCAUGGGAAGAACAUGAGGGAAGUCAGAGGCUGCAGAGGAAGCCCGUGAGGGGCGUGGGGGUGUGUGGAAGGGUCUGCAUGAGAGGAAAAAAGGCACUGAGAAGUGGGAGAGUGUGACGCCUGAGGAUCUGACUUUCGGCAAAGCUAGCCCCUUCUUUCCCAUUCCUCAUCCUUUCCAGGCGUCUCCCUGAAAACCACUGACCAGUGGGAGACUUGUCCUCAGUGGAGGGAGAUCUUGGGCCCUCCUAGGGAUGCUCAGGAUGCCGCGGUUGGCCUUUGCCAAGCUCCCUUCUUGUUCCCCUCUGGAAUGACCUUCACAUCUGAGAUGGUUCUGUUCUGUUUUCCAUAAGAGGGAAGGAACUUUGGGGGUGUCAGAGAGGCUGGGGCAGGAAUAUUGAAGCCAUGUGUCCAUUGAGUAGGAGGGACAGGAGGCUGCGGUACAAGAAAUCCCAAUUUAGGGGAAAACUGCUUCUGGACAAUUGUUGGGUAUUUGGAUGAGGGUCAGAGGUGAGGGUAGCCCAGAGACGCAGAUGCUCAGAGCUUGGAGGGAACUUGGCUAUUGUCAGGUCCAUCCCCACCCCAAGGCACAAGUGGGAAAAUGAGGCUAAGGGAAUGACUCCCAAGCAGGAGCUGAUACGGGCCCUGAGGAGAGGGGGAGGGGAGGAUGGCUUUUGACAAAAUAUGUGAUUCCCUGUAUACUGCUCUUGGAAUUCCCAACCACUGACAACCCAGAAGGACAAAGAACUCCAGUCCGGGAGGCAGAGGGACUGGGUCCAUGCAGGGGCGAGGGCAGGAGCUUAGUCUGGAGUCAGCCAGGCCAGGCAGUUGGGGGUCUUGAGCCGCUGUGGCUUCCUGUCCUCAGUGAUCACACGUGAAUGGACAGGGUCUCCAUGCAGCCCCAGCCUAUGCCAAGCCCUUCCCCCUCUUUGCCCGGUGCUCAAUAGAUUGUCUGGGUCCCCACGUGUGGCUCCUGAGGUCAUGCUGCCCUCGUGCUGGUACAGUACUGAGGACUGCCAGGCCCAGUUGGCACAGGCCCAGAUCGGGGGCUGGGCCGCGUCACCCUGAGGCAUCUUGUCUGUGUCCUGCCAGCCUGUCUCUGCCCCACUGAGGGAAGGGUGUAGCUGGGAGAGUCAGCUUCCUAGGAGAGGAGAGUAAGUUGGAACUGGGGCUGAGAGGACUUGGGUAAGGAUGGAGAGGGGGGCCCUGGCCAUGGGCUGCAGCCCCCUAAACCUGAGUGGUGCUGUCCCUCCCUGGAGGAACGGAGGCAGCCGGUGCCCUCGGGGAGGCAGGGCGUCCCUCCAGGCCCCCCCAUAUUCUGGGUAGUGGGUGGAGGGAGUGGAGAGUCCCCCCUGCCUUCAUCUGGUGCGGCCUGGAGAGGGGUCUACCUCUCGCAGGGGUGAGAAGAAACCUCUAGAAAGGCCUCAGAGAAGCACCCAGUUCCCUCAGGGCCGCAGAUGGGAGCUUGUUACCAAGAAGGACUGCCUGAGGCAAAAAUCCCAUUUGCCAUCCUGUCUCAGACCACCAAGGGAGCCUCAUCUAGCCUCAGGCCACAGGCCCCAGCUGUUCCCUGUCAGCAGGGUCCAAAAGGAACCCCAAAGUUCUUUGGUCAGCUUCACACCCCCCUCCCCACCCUCGUCCAACCAUCAGCUCCAAGCAGGGCCACCCAGUGGGGUCCACGGUCACUCCAUACAACCCAGGUCUCCAAACUAGGACCAAAGAUCAUUGUCUGGUAAGAAAAGUUUCCGUUUUGGUGUCUGACUUUCUCCUCAGCCAGUCCGCGCACCCUCAUCCCCGGCACCCUGCUGGCAACCCGUCCCUAUCAUCCCUCCUUCCUGAGCUCGUACAGCCACCGGCCCAGUGUGCCUCUUGGGACUGUGGAGGGUGGCUGGCCUUCCAUCCACGGGACACGGAAACUGAAAGCUGGGGUUUCCCCAAAAAGCAGCCAUAGAUUUGCUCGCUCGUUAAACGGAAGUGGAAUCACAGAAACUAGGGAAGGGAAAACAAGUCUUCAAAGGAGAAAUUUGGCUUUAAUGACACCAUUAGUCAUUCAUUUUUUUAAUUAGGAAAAGCUCCCUAAUGAGGUGUUUUUGCCAGCUAAUAGGACUCUCCAUUUCCACGAGGACACUUCUUACUCAGAGGAUUAGGGGAGUCAUUGCUCACCAAACCCAUAUCUUCCUCCAGGGUCCAAUUUCAUUUUCAAAGAAUGCAGAUUCCCGGGUGCAGUGGAAGCCCUUUCCUGGCAUCCUUCAUGUUGCUCCCAGGGCUGGCCAAAAAGCACCAAUACUCCUCUGCCUUAAAAAAACAGUGCCCAACCCUGAAUUUCCGCACCCCCCCAAAGGACUUGCGUAAGUGGGAAACAAAAGGAAACACAAGCUGCAAUGUUUGUUUCUAAAUAUUUUUGUAUUGUGUACAUUCUGUAUAUUUUUGUUGUAACAUAUUAUUUGAACACAGAUUCCAUUAAAGAUUUUUUUUUUUUUUAAGCCAUCGGUGACUCAGGAAGUGACCUGAAGGGCUAGCACCGGAGCCUGUUUUGUCUCUGUCUGGGUCGGGGAGGUGGGAGGCGGCACAUACAACACAGCUCCGGGGGUCGGUGCUUGGUGCUGGUGCUUCCAGCUCGGUGGUUCUUAACCGUUCUUGAAUUACUGAACUCUUUUGCAUGGUUGAUGGAAGCUGUGUUUUCUCUUGCUCUGAAAAUGCAUGGAGAGACAAUGUGGAGGGGGGAGGUGGUGUGUGAAUAAGGAAACUGGUCCAUGGUUUCAGGUCAAGAACUUCUGUGCCCGCUGUCCUGCCUGGCACCCCGUCUUCCUCUCCUCCUCUUACCCUAUACUCUGAUGGGAGAUUAAUAUUUUGACUACUACUAUUGGAGUGAUCUUUGAAAUAUCUAGGCGCUUCCUUCUUUACCCCAAUAGUCUAUUCUUUAGGUCUUUCUAGGGGCAGUCAACACCUGGAUCUUGAGGAAGGGAUAGGAAUUUUCUCAGGGUGAGAGGACAUGGUUCACAUACAGAAGGGGAGAGCGAGAGGGGCAUAAAUGGUAAAGUGUAGUGCUGGGUAAGUUUAAUAAUCAAAUGGGCUUUGAAUGGAUGCAGUCUGAGAAUUCAGUGAAGUGUUUUCUCCAGCUUUUCUAAACCGAUGGCAGUAUACACAGAUUUGCCAUUCAUAACUGUUAAAUUUUGUUGGGGGAUUAAACGACCCUGUUAAAUUCAGCAUGGGAGCUGUUUCCCAUAAUGUUCUGUCACAUCAGUUUCCUGUAGGUCAUUGAAAAACAUUUCUAAGAGCUGCAGAAGGCAUCCCAGAACAAACUUGAGAGUACAGCUCAGACUCAAGGUCAAAGAACUCAUUUCUGUUUCAUGUGUGGAUAAGUAACUCCCCUGGAGGGAAAAUCAGGACACUGUCUGAACCCCAGUGUACCCCCCGGUCAGUUCCAGGCUCCAUAGCCGGGGCGCUUACUGGCAAGCCCCCUGGACAGCCAGAAGCUGUUUAGCUUUGGCCUCCUAUCACUUCUCCUUUGACUUUUCUGGUUCCUCCCUCCUACCAGAGUCUCCUUCUUCCAAUAACUUUGUGAGACAUCUACCGGUGAUAAGGUAACUAUGAAGACAGUUUACUGAUGACUUAGUAUGUGCUGGGCACUGCACGAGCCAUUUUCCACAGAUUAUCCUCAUUUAGUGCACAGCUACUCGGUGUGAAGUGGGUAUCAAUAUGCUCAUAUUUAUAUGAGGGGCAGGCUUAGGGAAGUGUGGUGACUCCCGGGUACCUUAUGGCAUAGAUGGAUUCCCACUGUGGUUCCCGAGUUCAUGCUCUCACUCCUCGGCUGUUUGUGUGGGACUUUAAGAGCACGAAACCCGUGGAAGGGCCAGGGCGUUCGUUUCAAGAUCCAGUCUCACUGCAUUAGUCACAGUAAUGGACCUUGGAAUAUUCAUUCCGUGCUCACUUGACAGGAUUUCUGCUUUAUCAGCCAUCCUCAAAUAGUUUACAAGAAAAUCCACAGCUAUGAAUUCAUUGUCACUCCCUAUCACCGCCAACUUCCGGAAUCUAGCAUUUAUGCAAGCUCAGAAUGAUUUGAAGUCUGUGACACAUUCAGGAAGUUUAGCAGUUGCAGAGCUCUCCAGCUCUCUUAGCCCUCCAAGUGGAAAGACUUCA